AUGCAUUCACCGGCACUGUCUUUUUCCUCUCUUGCGCUCUGCCUUUUGCAUGCAUAUGCUACUCCUCAUCGACCGACCUUGGACAUUCCGCCCUCCAACGCAACCGUGUCGAUUUCGCGGUUUAUAACCGCCAACCUCACCGCAGUCAAGGAGUUGCACACGCUCGUUCAGCCCAUUCUCCCCGGCCGCGAUACCCUCACGCUUCCGAUAUAUUCCUUCCUCGUUCAACACGGCUCGCGCAAGCUGCUCUUCGAUGCGGGCAUCAGGAAAGACCCGCUCAAUCUUGCCCCAAGCCUGGCAACGCUAUUCACCAAUGGCCAGUUUUCGCCAGCGGCAAUGGACAAAGACAUCUUCGACGUGUUGAAGGAGGCCGGGAUUGCGUCGAGUAGCAUCGAAACCGUGAUCUGGAGCCAUCUUCAUUUCGACCACAUUGGAGACAUGUCCAAGUUCCCAAACUCCACAAGUCUUGUCAUCGGCUCCGCAACCGACACGUCGACCUAUCCCAGCAAUCCCAAUGCCUCUCUUUUAGAGUCUGAUCUCGCUGGUCGCAACGUCAUCCGCAUCGAUUUCGCCAAAUCUACGCUGAAAAUUAAUGAUUUGCAAGCGGUGGAUUACUUCGGGGAUGGCAGCUUCUACCUCGUGAAUACGCCAGGCCAUGUUCCGGGCCAUUUGACAGCAUUGGCCCGCGUCACCGCGAACCCACCCUCCUUCAUACUUCUUGCAGGCGAUACCUUCCACCAUCCCGGUCAAGCUCGUCCUCGCCCCAGUCUUCAAGCCAACUUCCCUUGUCCAGCCCACUUGGUGGCCGGCGCCGGCAAGCACGUCUCAACGGACUAUUUCUUCUCCUCCGGCUCUCAUGACGGGGCAUUCGACAUCCAGUCACGCGCCGAACCUCUGCUGCGGAUCGCUGACGGUGCCGAUUCGUUCUGGGCUGACCCGGUGGUCGCCGCCGUUUCGCUUGAGAAGGUCGCCAGAUGGGAUGCAGCAGACAACGUGCUUGUCCUCAUCGCGCACGACUUGACCCUUGUGGCGAAUUUGACCGGUCUAUCGCAGAAUAGCGGCUUGAGCGGUCUGCCGUAUCACCCACGCACGCUUAACGGGUGGAAGAAGGAAGGGUGGAAGAGAAAUACGGUGUGGAACUUCAUCGACUAUGAGGGUCCUGCUUGGAUCUUCAGUCCGCUUGGGUAA